GCCCACGUUUAACCCCUGGGGCCUUUCCUUAGAAUCAAUUAAUACUCUUCCCAUUCUUUCUCAACCUUGCCUCCCUCCUUCUUAUCCUCAUCUUUUUUACUCCAUUGUGGUAGCUCUUUGCCAUCUUCCCACGCGACUAGAUUCCCAACUUCCCCUCCCGACACCGCCAAUAUGUCUCGCCCGCAGAACAUCGGUAUCAAGGCCAUCGAGGUCUACUUCCCCAGCCAGUGUCUCGACCAGACGGAGCUCGAGAAGCACGAUGGCGUUAGUGAGGGAAAGUACACAAUCGGUCUUGGACAGUCCAAGAUGAGCUUCUGUGAUGACCGUGAGGAUAUUUACUCUAUUGCUCUCACCACCCUUUCCUCCCUCAUGAAGAAAUACAACAUUGACCCCAACUCCGUCGGUCGAUUGGAAGUCGGUACUGAGACUCUGCUGGACAAGUCCAAGUCCGUCAAGUCCGUCCUCAUGCAGCUUUUUGCCCCCCACGGAAACACCAACAUCGAGGGUGUCGACACCGUCAAUGCUUGCUACGGAGGAACCAACGCUCUGUUCAACAGCAUCAACUGGGUGGAGUCGUCUGCCUGGGACGGCAGAGACGCCGUCGUCGUUUGUGGUGACAUUGCUCUUUAUGCCAAGGGCGCCGCUCGGCCCACUGGUGGUGCCGGCUGUGUGGCCAUGCUGAUCGGUCCCGACGCUCCUAUCAUCUUUGAGCCCGGUCUCCGUGCUUCUUACCUUACCCACGCAUACGACUUUUACAAGCCCGAUCUCACUAGCGAGUACCCCGUUGUUGACGGCCACUUCUCCCUUCGUUGCUACACCGAGGCCGUUGAUGCCUGCUACAAGGCCUACGGUGCCCGUGAGAAGACACUGAAGGAGAAGACCCAAAAUGGCACCAACGGUGUCACUCACGACGAGUCUAAGACCGCUCUCGACCGUUUCGACUAUGUCCUCUUCCACGCCCCUACUUGCAAGCUCGUGCAGAAGUCCUACGCUCGCAUGCUCUACAACGACUACCUCGCCAACCCCACUCACCCCUCAUUCGCUGAAGUUGCCCCUGAGCUGCGUGACCUCGACUACGAAACCUCUCUGACUGACAAGAAUGUCGAGAAGACUUUCAUGGGUCUGACCAAGAAGCGUUUCGCCGAGCGCGUGCGCCCUGGUCUUGACGUUGCCACCCUGUGCGGUAACAUGUACACCGCUACCGUCUACGCUGGUCUCUGCUCUCUGCUCAGCAAUGUCACCUUCGACCCCAGCCAGCCCAAGCGCCUCGGCUUCUUCUCCUACGGCAGUGGUCUUGCCAGCUCUCUGUUCAGCGCCAAGAUUGUUGGCGACGUUUCCUACAUUGUUGAGAAGCUGAACCUGCACAAGCGUCUUGAGUCCCGCACAGUCUUGUCUCCCACGGACUAUGAAGCCAUGUGCGAGCUCCGCGAGCACGCCCACUUGGCCAAGGACUUCAAGCCCUCUGGCAACCCCGACACACUCUUCCCCGGCACAUACUACCUCACCGAGAUUGAUGGUAUGUUCCGUCGCAAGUACGAAACAAAGGCAUGAAUGACGACCAGCAUAUAAUCACCAUUGCUUCUAAUCAUCCUCCUACGAUGAGGAUUCUGUCUAUAUGACUUCUAGAUUCCCUCUUGCAUGAUGUUGUUAUACUCGGUACGAUAGAAUCGUUCUGUUUCUUUUUUUCUGGGCAAGGCGGCGCUGGAAAGCUUCCGGUUCAUGAAUACGAAAAACUUGUUUUUGAAAUAUCAUAAUACUG